AUGGUCAUUGUCUGUGUUCACUACUCCCACCCGAAAGAAAGGAUGCUGGAGGAUGAGUGCUCAGAACUCUUGAAGGACAUUGAUGAUCUGGAGCUCACUCUGGCUAAAGUGGAGAAGGAAAAGCAUGCCACAGAGAACAAGGUAAACACUUUUCUUUGUCCUUGUGUUGUUAAAACUCAACUUAAUUGGUUUGGUGGAAAGUUUGGAGGGAAGAGUAAUGACACUGCUGUGCUGGAGGCUCAUCAGCAAACUCUGGAUGACCUGCAGAGUGAGGAGGACAAAGUCAACACGCUGACCAAAGCCAAACUCGAACAGCAAGUUGAUGAUGUGAGUAAUGAGAAGGUGAGAAUGGACCUUGAGAGAGCCAAGAGAAAGCUGGAGGGAGAUUUAAAGUUGACCCAUGAGAGCCUAAUGGACCCGGAGAAUGAUAAGCAGCAGAUGGAGGAGAGAAUGAAGAGGAAGGACUUUGAGAUAAGACAACUCAGCAGCAAGAUUGAGGAUGAGCAGGCCAUGAGUGCCCAGCUUCAGAAAAAAACUGAAGGAUUUGCAGCCUGUUAA